CCACGGCAGACAACAUGUACAAAGACUCACCAACCUCCUUCACCCCAGACGCCCUCGCCGCCUCCUUCAUCGACCAACAAGUCAAACAGGAAUCCACCCGCAUCACCGCAGCCGGCGCUCGCGCAAUCCCCCUCCCCGUCAAAAACUUCGGAAUCCUCCUCGACUCAGAUCCCUCCGACCCUUCCUUCCCCAUCCAAAAAGAUGCAAUCAAAACGCAGAGUCGGAAACAGGCAAAGAUGGGGUUGGACGUUUGCAAUCGUGUCGAGGUUGGUACGGGGAUGGACAUGUCGAAGAUUGCGCAGAUUAUGAUUUCGCCGCCGAUGGAGUAUCCACAUCGGGCGGGGUGGAAGUAUGUGCAUGUAUUGUGUUUUACUGCGUCUUCGAAUACGAUGGCAUUACUGAUUCCGUACCUGUAUGCACCGUUUAUGGUGAUUAAGGAUGCGGAAGGAGGAGUGAAGGGGGAGGAAGAUGAGAAGGAGGUCGUGACGGCGUUGACGGAGGAGGAAGCGAAGGAGAUGGGUGGGGUUGUGGUGAAGAAUACGUUGAGGGAGUGGUUGUUUGUUAAUGAGAAGCAGGAGAGGGCGAGGCAUAAGGUUGAGGAGUUUCAUGAUGUGUGAGUAAGGUGGAUGAGAUAAGGAGGAAGACAUCUCGUGACGGUAUGGUACUGGCCAUGGGGUUCAGAAGAACAUGGCUGAUACACGGGAGUAUGAAAGAUCUCGGCAGAACGUAGAAGAAAGAAGUGAUAUGAAUACCCCAAAACACAAUAAUAACGCCA